AUGGACGCCCACAAUCCAUUUAUGGCGUCUGAUGGCUACGCAUCACCUCCAUCGCACUCAAAUAACCGAGGCAACAGCUACGAUGACAGCUACUACUAUGGUCAAACGGAUGGCUUUGGACAAAUUCAAGCUGUUCUCGGCGAGAUUCAUGAUGGUUGGGACUUUAUGCUCAAGGAGGAUUUUGAUCCUGUCACUCUCGCUUUGGCUUUGAUGGAUGACAGCUCAGUCGGCAAAAAGAAGGAUUAUCAAACCUUUCGACGUAUGCUUAGGGAUCUCGAUGUUGCAUUAGAGUCCAUUGUGGAUGAGUAUUACAAGGGGUUCAACAACUCGAUUGGCACAUUUGGUGGUGUUCUUCAGCAUAUCAACGAUUCGCAGGAACGUGUCGCCGAUAUGAAGGAGAACCUUAGACGAUGCAAAGCCGAACUUUUGGAAAAGCGUACGGAUCUUCUCAACAUGUGGAACAAGAGUGAGCAACACAAGGAAAUGCUUAAUCUAUUGGAGUCCAUCGAUGAGAUUCGAUCAACUCCUGAAAAGUUGGACAAGCUCAUGGGAAGCAAACACGUUCUCAGUGCAGCCAAGCUGUUGAUAAAGUCGUUGCGCGCUGUGCAUAGCAAAGAUAUGAAGGAGAUUGGAGCAUUGGAUGAUCUUAGGAGGACAUUGACUACACAGAAGAAUGCAUUACAUGAAUUGUUGAUUGAGGAGUUACACAACCACCUAUAUCUCAAGAGCCAGUAUUGUGAUAAUCGUUGGGCGACAUAUGUCCCAGAGCAACAAACACUGCCUGAGUCAGCUGUGAAACCAAGAAGUUUUACGAAUGGACAGCAACAAAAUGGAUUAUCAGGAACUCACAAGGAUGGAGAAGACAUGUUUGCUGUGGAUGAAAAUGCCAUCGUAACUGAGGAUCCGGAUAAGAACCCAGAGACCGACUCGUAUUACUACAUGGAAAUCAUCAUGGAAGCACUUGCGGUUCUUGGUGAUAUACCUAUUGCUAUGGAGACGAUCAAGGAGCGAUUGCCAUUGGAAAUUCAUCGCCUUGUAGAUAAGACUAUCGCUGAAGUGGAACACAGACACCUCAAUCGACCAGAUGCAUCGGAACGGGCAGCAAAGGAUGGAUCAGAGACAUUGGAUAUGUACUGUUUGGAUCGAGCGAAUAGCGAAUCCAAGAACGAGGCGCUCAAAGAUUUGCUGUGGUCGUUAUAUUCCAAGCUUGAAGCUGUACUCCGUGGUUUUCGAUUUACAGAGACCUGUGCUCGAAGAAUUAAAAAGCGUCUUAUUGCUACACGCGAGCUGGAUGUAUCCAAGGAGGCAUUUCCUAUAUACCACUUUCACGAGAUUUGGCGUCCUGUGCAGCAUGAGGUUCGCAAUUUGUUGCAAGAUUAUCUUACCACACAAGAACGUACAGCUGCCAGUAUUCAAACGGAUGACAGGACGGCCGCCAACAUCAUGUUUCCCAACCACAUGCGUGAAAAAUCCAAAAACAAGAAAAAGUUGUUCAGCUUCACGGACGUUCCAGAGGAUGCAGAGCUUGAUGCAGCCUACAGCGGUGUGGAAUCCAGCUUGGAGUCUUCUUUUCGACGCAAUUCUGCCAGUGCAGGAAAGGACAUUUUGCUUCAUUCCAGUCUUGUGGACAAGUAUGCAAGUGGUAUGGCUUCCAAGCGUCAUAAGCUGCUUGUCAAGCCUGAUGCUUACAAUGUAAGCGUGCUUUUGCGACCCACGAUGGCCUUCCUCGUGCGUUUACGUGAAGUCUUUCCCAACUAUGAUGAUCGCAACAAAGAAGGUUUUGGCAGCUUCCUGGAUGAUUUUGCCAUCAAUGUGUUCCUACCACAAAUUGAAGAGAAGGUCAUGCAACUCAUUUCACAUGCUACGGUUGGCAUGGAUGCUUUCCAAGAUGAUCGCAAUUACAAGAAUUAUUCAAAGUACCCUAUUGUCAAGAGUGCGGUUGCAUUGAUCAGCGUUAUCCAAAGUUUGUGUCGUACAAUGCAUGCCAUGCCAUUUCACACUGAAGAGUAUACUCGGUUGAUCGAGGUGGUGCUACUCAAGUACUAUGAGAAGUGCUAUCAAAGAUUCUAUUCACUGGUUGCUCGUGGUGGUGCAUAUGAGGAUAAGAAAGAUGGAUCGGCCGAGGCGGAUAUUAGCACAAGUGGUGAUUGGGCUCAAGACGAAAGUUUGAUUGGAUUGCUCGCACAAAACCCCUAUUUCAAUGAUGAUACGCGUGCCGAUUUUGAAUUUGUGAAAGCGUUGAAUCAAGCUGAGAUUACAAUGGAAUUCAAGCUCAAAGAAGAUCGACAACUGGAGACUGAAGAGCUCAUAUUUGAACCAAAACGAUUGAUUGCACUAGGUCGCCUCUACCAUAGUCUGAAAUGGUUUGUGCGAGAAAUCUGGGAGCUUCGUACGCCAAACGAACAAAUCAAGAUACCCAAGCUGCCUAUGGGCACUAGCGAUUUGGACAAUUCACAAGUUGAUUUGCAAUCUACCGAGGCUUCUGGCUCCCGAAGAUGGUCACAAGGCAAUCGACGCAGCUCAAUGGGUGAAGGGGAAACUGGUACCAUCAUGCUACCUUUGAAGGGUGAAGCAGCAAAACGCUUUGAUACCUUAUUGACAACCUAUCAACAACUUGCCGAGACGUGCUUGUUCACUUUGCGCUUGGAGAACCGGUGUCAUACAAUCUACUACUUGGAAAUGGCAAUGCAAGAUGGAAACUAUUAUCUCGAGGAUGAAAGCUAUGAACCUGAUCCAUAUGUGAUUACGCUCAAUGCCGACCUAAUGGAAAUGGAUGAUUGUAUUACGGCUUCACUGCCACCCAAGGAUGAAAUAUUUGCAUUUGACGGAUUACCAGCUUUGAUGGUCCACAUUCUUAUCAGUGAAGCCAGCCAAAUCAAACGCAUGAAUGCCAAUGGCGUACAAAAGAUGAUGCGCAAUGUGCUUGCACUCCAGCAAAAUUUAAGCAACUUUGUACCACCAUCACAAAACUCGGUCAUGGAGCGAGCACGAGAAUACUACCAGCUGUUCAACCUUGGCAGUGAAGGCUUAAUUCGCAGCAUUAGUGAAAAUGGACCACGAUUCUCGUUUGAUGAAUACCGCGUGAUCUUGGGUCUCAUCAAUGACAUCAAGAAGGAAAGCGAUGGACCAGAAUCAGAACAAAGAGAGGAGAGCGGUGCAAGUAGUAGUUACAGUGCAUGGUUAUUGAAGUUAGACGAUGCGAUGGCAAGAUAUGAAAACUAA